AUGAACACGAACACAAGUGAGCAGUCGAAAAGCCAUUGCCGACUGAAAGUGACUGAACAACUGACGAAAGCGGCAAGCAUUAAAUUCACUGUUUGCCUCGCAACAAGCCAAAGCCAUAUGCCAUUUGAUGCGGACACAAUUGCCCAAAUUGCAUCGUUCAUAGAACGAAUGGUGGAAAAGGAGACCGUCGAAAUGUGGUACCCUCUGAGGGGGUCCGACGCGAUGGGCGACUUGACAUUCGAUGAUGCCUCGAACGCCCGCGAUCUGUAG